CAACUCGACUGAGGCAGCUAGUGGAAACCAUUUCGCAAUUGUGGAGAGUACAUUCCCAAUGAGGGGGAAAAAUUUAACUAGAAAGUGAGAGAACGAUUGAGAAACAAAGAAGAACAAUGUUGGGUCCAGCUUCCUGAGGCACCAGGACAUUGUCUAGGGGCUGCUCUAUGGAACCCGUCAUGAGCUCAUACAGGGGAAAGGAACUAGAAGGAAAACGCUAAAGAAAACCGUACUAUUCUAUGGGGAAGAAAGACAUGUACAACUGUCUGUUUCUCUCAAUUACUUGUCUAUGCAUUCUCCCGGGUUAUGAUGCAGAGGAAUGUGUGACUUCUGUCUUUGCAAAGAAAAGAAAUGUUAACGUACCAAAGGGGGGCACUCUUUCCCUAUCCUGUGUUGUUCAGCAUUGUAGAGAUGAUGGCUGGACAGGGGGAUGGGGGCUGUCAACAGAGGGACAGUUCCUUCUCUUUAGUCCCACUCCAAGGCAUCAUCUCUCCAACGUCACAUUGACAACCAAUAGAACCCGCCUGCUCAUGGACAUCCUCAACGUCAACCAAUCAGAUUAUGGAAUGUACCAUUGCCAGAUCACCUGGGUUGAGGGAUACACCAGUGUUGGACAUAUGACAUAUGUGAACAUCACUGCAGCCAUACCACCCACAUCCGUGAGGAAGGUCUAUUUCAGGGUCGUGGUGUAUGUAAGUACCUGUUUGGUAAUCACCCUGGUUUUGGUUCUGGGUCUGGCUUGCCAUAUAAGGUCAAAGGUCCCAUCUCAGCCCCCACCAAUACCACCUCCCAAGCCCCCACCACGCUCCCGAAGUGUACGCAAGGACAAGCCCCCCACACCCAAGCCUAAUCCAAAGAUAGAGUUGGUCUAUGCAGCUCUUUCAAAGGACUGCCUUGAACAGCAGAAUCCUAAUCCUCAACGAGAAGCUGCACAGCCCACAGUCUACUCCUCUCUCCGACUCACUGUUUAAUGUGGGAUGGACAGUGUAUGGGCAGUCAG